AUGGAGUGAGACCAUAAUAUGACUGAAUUUUCUGGAGAGAGAAAAAAAAACGACAACAUUACAGCGCCCUUCUUGAGUACACAAGCCACGUCCAAGUUUUGAGUAGUCUAAUUCUCCUAUAUAUUUUUUAAGAGCAGCAACAACGACGACAACAGCAGCAACAGUAGCAGCAGCAGCAGCAGCAGUAACAACAACAGCAACAACAACAGCGACACGUGACCCUGGCGAGAAGCACACUUCUCGGGGUCGCGGACAGUCGCAGCGGUGACAAAACAACUGCAACAAUUGACUCGGUUGCCCUUUAAACCUGUUGACUAUACAAAACACAACAGCAACAGCAUUAACAACAACAACUGCAACAACAACUACAACAACGGGAUUUUCUAACAUUCAUUCAGCAUUAGCGGCAGACAACGAGGUGUUAAAUUUAGGCGACGUCUUCCCACCAUUGUCUGAUGGUCCUGAACACUUCCUGAUGAAAGACUGGCGAGAGCUGGGAGGGGAGAUCAAAAUCGUUGGAUUAAAAAAAGGUACAAAAUGAUUAAUGAACGAAGACCAGAUCAAUUAUGAUGGCCUAACGUUGUCAUAGUCGAUUUUCAUCACAGCGUGAGCUCAAAUCAGACAUUCUGUUAAGGACACGGAAACUCACGACGAAAAUCGACCUCAAACCCCGUGCAAAUUGACAAAAAGAGCUGGCAUGUAUCACGAAAAGUUUUGACGUUACAUAAUAUUCUACUGUUCACACCCCAAGAGAGAAAAAUGCCAGCCACCUACCCAGUGAGCCGCCAACUCACAAUCUCUAUUGUGUUGGUCUGAGUUUGAGACAAUUAAACAUUUAUACCCUGAGAGAUUUCGUUGAAGAGGAGAUUUGACUCGUAGGCCAACGCAAGAAGUUGAAAACAAAACUACGUCCGGUUCGCUAUCAUAUACGCAGCUUUAAAUACCCUCGAGGCGGGAGCAGACGAGCGUCUGUAGUAAUCUACCUCGCGCCUUCUGUGAUUUUCUUCUCCUAUUGUGCUCCAGGGAAGAUCAGUCUUGACGGUGUGACCACAAGGGACCAAACAGUGUGAAAACAGAGAGUUUGUCGCGAGACAUUCAAAGUGACCCAUAGGCCUGGUCCUAAAGAAUCAUCUACAAAAAACAGCAACAACAGCAACAACAACGCAAGCAAAACCCUCAAAUCAUCACCACCACCCUCCUAUUUUUUCACAUUGGUCUACGCACACUUUUUACUACUACUGUUUCAGAAAACGUUCUGAAGAUUCUUGCUCGUCGAUCUUGCAUCGUUUCAUCAAGGGGAGAGAGAGAAAGAGAGAAAACAAGCUACCAUUACCCGCCAAAUCAAUCAUGAAGCUGAACGUGUUCCAGAUCGUUCUCACCAACAGUGACGCUGUGUAUUUCUCUGGACAGGUGCUGCAAGGUCACGUGAUCUUAGAGCUCACCAAAAACACCAAAGUGUCAGACAUCCGGAUGUCGUUCCGCGGGAAAGCGUUUGUUCACUGGACAGAACAGGCUAUGCGUGGUCCGGGGGAGAGCCGCUACAAGGAGAUACGUCAUCACUCCGCAACCGAGGAGUAUAUCGAUGUCUCAAAGCAUCUUCUCUCCAGAGGGUCAACGUCUUCCUCGACAAACAACGAGAGUCGUAUUCUGGAAGCUGGCCAGUACACCUACCCUUUUCAGUUCCACAUCCCUCCUACGUCACCGUCCUCGUUCGAGGGUCAGUACGGGUUCGUCCGUUAUUGGGUCAAGGUCGCAAUUGAACGACCCUGGAAAGAGGAUGUGUCUGUGAAGAAGCUUUUCAGUGUUGUGUGCCCCGUGGACCUGAACAGAGAGCCGUCUGCAGAUCAACCCACCCACAAUGAGAAGGAGAAGAAGAUGUGUUGUUUAUGCUGUAUCUCAGGCCCCAUCUCUGCCAGUCUGAGACUCAACAAAAAAGGUUACGUGCCUGGAGAGACGGUGUUUAUACAGGGCGAUGUCAACAACCUCUCAAGUCGUAAGAUAGGCAGUACUUCUGUGGAGCUGCUGAUGACGACUACGUUUCACACACCGAUCAAAUCCCGUACUGUGACUCAUCAAGUGGCAAAACUCCACCACGGAAGUAUUCCUUCCGGUGGAAGUGACGCAUGGGAAGGCGAUCGCCUGGUAUUGCCACCCCUCCCACCUUCCUAUAUGAUUGGCUGCAAUGUCAUGGAUGUGAGGUACACCCUUGAGCUUCGAGCUUACCCUGUGGGCCCUGCUUUUGUUCUGACUGUUCCUGUUGAGAUCCUUAUUGGUACUGUGCCACUCAACUCCACCCUAGAACGUUAUCUUUCCGCCCACCAAAUGACUCCGCCCACCCCACGGCAACAUGGCAGCAAAAGGGGCGGGGCCUCGGCAUUAGCAGAAAAUCAGAACAGACCACCCCAAUACAUACCCCCCACAUUCUCACCAUCACCCAUGUGUCACUUCCAUCUCCAUGACGACGAGGAUGACCAGAGGACCAGUAUGGAGGGCAGCUACGCACCAGCCUACAUCACAUUCAACUUCGAAGUCUUACAACCUCGACGUCAGCAAACUGUCAGAUUUGCAACAUGAUAAUCAUUCAUUCUCAAAAAAUCCACUUCAACAACCAAAAUAACCAACCCAUUAGUCACAUAGAGUGUAUAUAUUCUUCACAAAUUUAUCACAAAAUUGUGGAGUGGUAGAGUUACGAAUGACUCCCAACCCUCCAAUGACAAGCAAAUGGCUUUUUGAGCCUUCUCAGCUGACUGUUUUCAGGUAUUAAAAAAUUUGCAGCGACAGAAAGUAUUUAUGGCAUCAUCUUGUGUGUCUUCUGAUAGAGGAAAAGACAAGACAUCAAUAUAAUUCAAAUUAAAUUUUGAAUGCUGAGCAUAGACUAAGCGUUGUAUUUGAGAUCUUGUCAAAUAUUUAUAUUUUUGUAUUCAACACAAUUUGGAUCAAUAAUUAUGAAGGCGGCUUCUUUGAAUCUGCUACAUUGGUAAAUAUAUAUCUCCCAACAGAAGGGUGGAGAAUCUCAAAACAAUAUUGUCUUAAUGUUGGAACUGAGCUCUUGUCUUUUGCACGCAAGACGAAGAGCGUAACCUGUAAGCCACAGAUGCUGGCCAACUCAAACAGAAAAAUUGAAUGUAUCCCCAUUUAUAUGCUAGGAAUAAAGCGGAAACAAGAUGCUGCUUUCAUGUUGAAAAUGCUCAAGACGUAGAAGGUCAAAUCUUUCUUAAUAAAGAAUUCCUUUUUGCAGGGGUCUUGCUCACUCCAGAUAGUAGGCCUACAUAUUUUUUAAAGUUUACAUUGUUAUGUAUGACAAGCUUACUCUGUUCAUGACUACAAGGACUAAGUUUCAGAAAAAUCAUUACAGAUCCAUACCAUACCAUAUAAACUGAUGACUGCUGGCAAGACAGUUUUCACUUUCAGUGUCAGCAAAUAACAAAGGGUUCUUUUUAACGCUGCCACAAACACACAAACAUUGCAAAAAUGUGCUGUGGUCACAAAAAGAGAUUUUCUUUGAGGGAAUGAUUGAGAUAGAUAAAUAUGUGUAUGUGAGUGUUUGAGAAUGUAUUUUGUUUGUGUGUGAUGUAAGCUGAGUGCGUGUGCUUGUGUGUGUGUAUGUAUACGUGUGGUGAGUGUGUAUGUGUAUGUGUGGUGAGUGUUGUUAUAGGGCCUACUUUUGUAAGUGUGUCUGCAAGGAGGAAAGAGAGACAGUUUUUAAAAAAGACUGUAAAUGAUUUUCGUCUCCAUCAACAGAAAUUAGGUAAAUUAAGAGAUAAACCGCUUUGUCCCUGCCUGUCAGAAACAAUUAGGCAAAGUGGGAUACAAUAUCAGGCAGUCAGACAGAAACACUCGAUAAAAUGACUUCCCAACACGGACACUGAAUUCAUGUCUUUUGAGAGCAAAGGCCAAAAGUUUUACUGUUGCACAACUGAUGGCAAUUGGGGGAACCAGACAGUUACUUCAGACUUCAUAAACACUACUAAAAGUGUGCAAUGCCCUUGCUGUACCAGAUGUAUUGUAAGGCAAUCUGAAGGGCAAGGGAUAGGCCCUACAAUGUUCUAGGAGGAAAACUGGCGAGAUAUGAUAUACAAUACAUACUGUGCAUGAAUGUGCAAAAACCAGAAAACAACAUACCGUGGAACUCAGAUUCUACAAAGUCGUCGGGCCUGGCCUUCAAUUAAGUUGAAUCCAAGUGUUCGUUAUGGCAAAUAUAAGGUUUCUGUGUUGAUAAUUACAGGCACCGAGCAGGUACUGUAUAAUGUAUUUGAUUUUCUCAAUCAAAGGUAGUUUGGUUUCAAAUGAGAGGCAUAUGCGUUUCUUUGAUACUAAAGAUUUGCUGGAAGAUUCCAGGAAAAUACAUUGAACUCUACCACUACCAGUACACACUGUGCAAAGGGGCCGAUUUGUUCAAAUACACACCUAUGUCAUCUAUCAUCUAUAAACAUAUUGUUUGCCAAACAAGUUAUGUUGUUGUGUAGAACCUAGUAUAUAUGGCAACGUUUGAUUUCACAGUUCAGUGCGCAAUUCAUUAUAUAAAUCUAUGUCAACUUAUCAUUGUAAUGUUGAUCAGUAGCCGGGGAAAAAAAUAAUUGUUGCGUUUGUUUCUCAACUGACGUUUCAAGCCCAGACCGUUUAUACCCACUCCUCCCCCC